AUGGCUCUACUGAAAACAGGAAGAUCCCUAUGUGCUGGUACAUUAAUAAAAUCUAACUGGGUGUUAACUGCAGCUCACUGCACAGUCAAUUCUUCAUCUAUAAUCAAACUGGGUGUCCACUCAAGGAAAGCAGAAGAUAAAUAUGUACAGACAUUCAAGGUCUUAAGAAGCAUAGGACAUAACUAUGAUGAGCAAACAAAGAAUAAUGACCUCAAGCUUGUACAGCUGUCAUGCAAAGCUAAACUAAACAAAGCUGUGAAGAUCCUGCCAUUACCAAAUAAAUUCAAUGAUGUUAAAGAUGGGACUGCGUGUGACACAGCGGGGUGGGGUUCAACCAGGAAGAAUAUUUUGCAAAUGUCAGACAAGCUUAUGGAAGUAAGCCUUACAGCAACAAGCAGAGAGAGAUGUGCUGCUAUGUGGAAAUCUAGCAUAACGAUCACCCCAAACAUGAUGUGUACCUUUGAUGCAAAUGGAGAGAAAGAUGUAUGCAGAGUAAGUAUGGAAUAG